AUGACGGGAUACGGCGAACUCAUUCUACUAGGGUACAAUGGCAGCCAAGAUAGCAAGGCAACUGUGCCAUUGAAACGGCAUCGCACUAAAAUGGCGUUAAUGCGGAGGAAGGCUGGUAACGGCAUCAAGAAGGGUUCCAUAUCGCAAGUGAAUGUUGCUGCCAAAGAUGCGCCGGCAGUUCAAGACAAAACUCGUCACGUGGUCUCGUAUUCCUACAGCAAAAACCAAACGGUUCUCGUUGAAUAUGUGGCAGACCCAUUCAAGGAUAUGUUUCAGAUUGGACGCUCUUCUGAAGAACAAAUUGACUUCACGAUUGUAGACACAUGGCUUGCGUCCGGCUCACAACUCGCUUCUUCUUCAGGAGGUUCUGGCCCGGUCAGAGCACGAGCAGGAAGUGAUCCACACAAGAUGAUAUCAUCAACAAUCAGUCGAUAUGCAUGUAGAAUAAUCAUUGAUCGGGAGAACUAUGACAAAGCGUUUCUCUACGCUGCGGGAUUUGACUCAGUGAAGAAUAUUUUCCUCGGGGAGAAGGCGACGAAAUGGAUGAAAAAGAAUGGAGAAAUGGACGGGUUAACUACAAACGGGAUAUUGAUUUUACAUCCUAAUAGGAACACGGAGGAGUUAUCGGAUGAAGAUGUGCCUCCAAUGUAUGUUUGGCGUGAGGUCUCUGUGGAUGGUGAUAUUUACACUCUACGCGAGACACGAAGUAGUAACGCUAGAGGUGCAUUGGUCCCCGAAGAGACCAACAUGUUGCAGGACGGUUCUCUGAUUGAUCUUUGUGGAGCCACUCUCUUAUGGAGGACUGCUGAUGGCUUGAGAAAAUCACCGACUGCGCAAGAGUUAGAAAUGGCCUUGGACAGAUUGAACGCAGGGAAACCGCAAUGCCCAGUGAAUCUCAACACUUUGAUAAUUCCAAAAAAGAAGAGUUCGAAAGGUGGUGGUAGCCGGCAACCAUAUGUGUAUUUACGUUGUGGUCACGUGCAGGGUAAGCACGAGUGGGGUCACCAUGCUACAUCCACUGGGCAGCAGUCCUACAAGUGUCCUAUAUGUUUGGCUGAGAGCGAACGAGUUAUUCAGUUGACAAUGGGAAUGGAGUCGUCAUUCCAUUUGGACUCUGGCAAUCUCGAUCACGCAUUUAAUCCUUGUGGGCACGUAGCUAGCCUCAAUACUGUCAGAUUCUGGUCAAGAAUCCCGCUUCCACAUGGAACGAACAGCUUCCAUCCUGUCUGUCCGUUCUGCACGACACUUCUGGCGACAG